CCAAACAAAAAUAAUUAAUAAAAAAAAAAAUAAACAUCAAAACUAGUAUAAGAGUGCCACAUACCCUCCUGCUUGCUUUUCACCUCUGCGUCUGUUUCAGCCGUUAAAAUUUAUCCCCAUCACCAAAAAACUUCAACAAUUUCAUACCCAGAUGGCGGAUCGGAUGGAAAUGUAUAGCAUGGAUGACGCUCUUUUGAGCUUAGGUUUUGGGAAAUUCCAAUCCUUGAUUCUACUUUAUGCUGGACUAGGAUGGAUUUCAGAAGCUAUGGAAGUGAUGAUUCUUUCGUUUGUUGGACCAGCUGUACAAACUGAAUGGAAUCUUUCUUCAGAGCAAGAGAGCCUUAUCACAACUGUAGUGUUUGCAGGCAUGCUUGUUGGGGCAUAUUCUUGGGGUCUAGUUUCAGAUAGAUAUGGAAGAAGGAAAGGGUUUUUGGCUACAGCGAUGAUUACUUCCAUAGCUGGUCUUCUAAGUGCAGUUGCUCCUAAUUACAUUACAUUGCUAAUAUGCCGUUGUUUUGUUGGCAUUGGUGUGGGAGGUGGUCCUGUAUUAUUAGCUUGGUUUUUAGAGUUUGUGCCUGCACCGAGGAGGGGCACUUGGAUGAUUAUUUUCCAAGGGUUUUGGACUAUUGGCACAGUUAUAGAGGCUGGCAUAGCAUGGAUUGUUAUGCCAAGGUUGGGAUGGAGGUGGCUGCUUGCUUUCUCAGCAGUGCCCGCAUUUCUUUUGCUUGUCUUUUAUUUUGUGGUUCCUGAAUCCCCAAGGUAUUUGUGCCUGAAGGGUGACAAACAGGGUGCCAUGCAUAUUUUGGAGAAUGUAGCGAAAUUUAAUAAAUCAGCGCUGCCAACUGGUGUUCUUUGCACUGAUGUCGAAAUUGAGCAGUUAAGUGGUGUUCCUCCAGAGCGUAAACCAUUGUUACCAAGUGUGCAAGCAGGAGUUGCACCUCCUCCCAAUCAGGAUGAUACUACCACGGGGAUUAUUCAAUCAUUGUCAAUGCUUCUUUCACCAAAAUUAAUUAGGUCAACUUUGCUCUUGUGGGUAGUAUUUUUCGGAAAUGCCUUUACUUACUAUGGUCUUGUACUGUUGACCACCGAAUUAAACAAGGACAGUACAUGUUAUCUAAGGAAAAUUGGCUCACCAGAUUCUGCCAAUGUAAAUUAUAGAAAUGUCUUUAUUACUAGCUUUGCUGAGAUUCCGGGCGUUGUCCUAGCUGCUGUCAUUGUUGAUAGACUUGGUCGUAAAGGUUCCAUGGCAGCUUUGCUCUUGUUAACUUUCGUCUUCAUGUUGCCACUGAUGCACCAUCAGUCAGACGGUCUAACAACGGCUUUGCUCUUUGGAGCUCGAGCAUGUAUUAUGGGAUCCUUCACACUCAUGUUUUUAUAUGCUCCAGAGAUAUACCCAACAGUUGUGAGGAGUACCGGUGUUGGACUUGGGAGUUCGAUGGCUAGAAUUGGUGGAAUGAUUGCCCCAAUCGUGGCUAUUAGCUUAAUUCAUGGAUGUCAUCAAUUUCUUUCCAUUAUCCUUUUCCUUGGUGUGGUAUUACUUUCUGGUAUUUGUGUCAUGUUGUUCCCAAUCGAAACCAUGGGUCGGGAGUUGACUGAUAGUUUUUUCGACAGUAGUACAUAUGAAAGGCUAGUUGCCUAAAUCUACAUGUAAUCUAUUUAUUUCAUAUCUUUCUUCUUCGUCGUGAAAGCCAAUGAGGUCGUGGCCUAGUUGUCAAGACUGAGGUCUUGGACACAUUAGGUUCCAGAUUUCAAUUUGUUGUCUUGUCUCUCCUAUUUAUUCUAUGGAUCACUUUGUAAUGAAUUUUGAUCUCUUUGUACUGAUUUUUUACAUCUAUAUCCAAUAAAAAAGAAAAAGAAAGAAUAUCUUCGUUUCUAGUAGUA